CGAUACUUUAUAGUUGAUAGUCGAUAACCCUUUUUAGUUGAUUACUCAAUUAAAAAGGGGGCCAUGAGGAAAGAUAUUGUAAUUUGUCAUAAAAAACGCACUGGUUGAAGAAUAUGUUCUAUUUAUCCUAUGUCUAUGAUUUUGGUACGCCCAGUUCAUUUUUCAAUGAUCCACCUCUUCUGCCUUAGUUAGCUGCUGCUGUGCUUGUUACCGGCUAGCUACUAGGCUCCUGCUUAUCGUGUUUUGACGAAGAUCGAAAGACUGCGUUUGAUUUGGAGGGACUAUAUUUUUUAUUUUCUACCCGGGAAUCAUACAAGACCUGGAUAUAAUACGAAAGGUUUUGGCUGUUCGGAUCGUGGUGUGCUGUUCUCGCUUGUCUCGACUGGUUUGGGAAAAAUCCACUGCGUAUCAAAUAGCAGGUGUUUAAGAUGUUGCAGUGAGUGUGGAACUGAAUCCUCAGCAUGUCUGUCCUGCCGGCGGCGGCGGCGGUGGUGGUGGGGUGGGGUGCCCUGGUCCAGGGUGCUCCGUGUCCCGGAGGGGGCCUGGCUGACUGCCCUACCCAGCAGAGCAACACCUCCGGUGGGGGUGAUACCUCCAGGGACUACUGCUACACGGCCCGUAUCCGCUCCACCGUGCUGCAGGGCCUGCCCUUUGGAGGGGUGCCCACCGUCCUCGCGCUCGACUUCAUGUGCUUCCUGGUCCUCCUGUUUGUGUUCUCCGUCUUAAGGAAAUUAGCGUGGGACUACGGCCGCUUGGCGCUGGUCACUGACGCAGACAGACAGAGUCAGCGAUACAGCCGCCUGGACGAACAGGAAUAUUUGGCGUCUGCCAUGACGUCGGAGCUACCCGAUCGCUACGAACGACUGACCUCUGUCUCCAGCUCAGUGGACUUUGAGCAGAGAGACACUGGCUUCUGCUCCUGGUUAACAGCCAUCUUCCGCAUAAAGGAUGAGGAGAUCAGGGAGAAGUGUGGGGAGGAUGCUGUUCACUACCUCUCCUUCCAGAGGCACAUCAUUGGUCUGCUGGUGGUGGUGGGCGUGCUCUCAGUGGCCAUUGUCCUGCCCGUCAACUUCUCAGGAAAUCUAUUGGAAAACAAUGCCUACAGUUUUGGGCGUACCACUAUAGCCAAUCUGGAUGCCAAUAACACGCUACUGUGGCUCCACACCACCUUUGCGUUCUUCUACCUGUUGUUGACUGUCUACAGUAUGAGAAGACACACCUCCAAGAUGCACUACAGAGAGGACGACCUGGUGAAACGCACUUUAUUUGUCAACGGGAUCUCCAAGUAUGCAGAGGAGAAGCACAUAAAGCAACACUUUGAACAGGCUUAUGAAAACUGCUGCGUUCUAGAGGCCCGUAUAUGUUACGAUGUGGCAAAGCUGAUGUCCCUCAACUCAGAAAGGAAGAAGACUGAACGCAGCAUGAAGUUCUUUAAAGACCUGCAGUCCAAGGAGCACAUCCCCACCAUGAUCAAUCCCAAACCCUUUGGACAUCUCUGCUGCUGUAUCAUCAAGGGCUGUGAGCAGGAGGAAGCAGUGAGUUACUACACCAAGCUGGAGUCCAAGCUGAAGGAGGAGUACAGGAAGGAGAAAGAGAAGGUCAACAGUAAACCACUAGGAAUGGCCUUCGUUACCUUCCAGAACGAAGCCAUGACCGCCAUUAUCCUGAAGGACUACAAUGCGUGUAAGUGUCAGGGCUGCCACUGUCAGAGGGAACCAAAGUCUUCUGCCUUCAGCCAGCACCUUCACACAUACUCCUGGACCGUCGGCUAUGCACCAGACCCACAGAACGUCUACUGGGAGCAUCUGUCAGUAGGAGGGUUCCCCUGGUGGCUGAGAUGCUUCAUCAUCAACUGUAUCCUCUUCCUCCUCCUCUUCUUCCUCACAACUCCCGCCAUCAUCAUCUCCACCAUGGACAAGUUCAACGUCACCAAGCCUGUCGAGUACCUCAACAACCCCAUUGUGACCCAGUUCUUCCCCACCCUGCUGCUGUGGGCAUUCUCCGCCCUGCUACCCACCAUCGUAUACUACUCUGCCUUCUUCGAGGCCCACUGGACACGGUCUGGAGAGAACAGGACCACCAUGCAUAAAUGCUACACCUUUCUGAUCUUCAUGGUCUUACUACUGCCCUCUCUAGGACUCAGCAGUCUGGACGUUUUCUUCCGAUGGCUGUUUGACAGGCGCUUCCUGGCCGAUGCUGCUGUGCGGUUUGAGUGCGUGUUCCUGCCGGACAACGGGGCGUUCUUUGUGAACUAUGUCAUUGCGUCUGCGUUCAUCGGUAACGCCAUGGAUCUGCUGAGGAUCCCUGGUCUGCUCAUGUACAUGACCCGGCUGUGUCUGGCCCGCUCUGCUGCCGAGAGACGCAACGUCAAGAGGCACCAGGCCUAUGAGUUCCAGUUCGGGGCAGCCUACGCCUGGAUGAUGUGUGUCUUCACUGUGGUCAUGACCUACAGCAUCACCUGUCCAAUCAUUGUCCCCUUCGGUCUUAUGUACAUGCUGUUGAAGCACCUGGCAGACCGCUACAACAUGUACUAUGCCUACCUUCCCUCCAAGCUGGAUAAGAAGAUCCACUCUGGGGCCGUCAACCAGGUGGUGGCAGCACCCAUCCUCUGUCUCUUCUGGCUCCUGUUCUUCUCCACUGUCCGCACAGGUUUCUCAGCCCCUACCUCUAUGUUUACCUUCAUUGUUCUGGUCAUCACCAUCAUCGUCUGCUUGUCCCAUGUCUGCUUCGGACACUUCAAAUAUCUCAGCGCUCACAACUACAAGAUUGACGUUGAAAAUGUGGAUGGUGUGGAGAACGGUCGUCCAGCACGCACCUCUCCCUUCAAUAAGUCAGCACAGAUGUACAUUGCCUCCGUGCUCCAGGACCCCAUCUUAGACGAGCUGGGUUCAGCUGGCAGCGGGGUCAGUGAGGGCUCGCAGGAUGAGGAGAUCAUCCAAGUGGGGAACAGCCUCAACGAGGCCGACUUCCAGAGCGGCGAGGACAGUCUCCUCGCUAACGAGGUGCGGCACUGACGUCAGGGGACGCCGGAGACGGUCGUCAGGACGGGGACGGAGGACGGGGAGAGAGAAGCGGAGGCAGAGACUGUGAUGGCAGAAACGAAGGUGUAACGUCUCCGACCGAAUGGAUCACUGACCUAGUGAACGGAGCUGAAACGGAGCUGAAACGGAGCUGAAACGGACUGACGGACGGCUCUAGAAGACAUGGCGAGGCCACUAACCUUAAAGACCUAAACGGAGAGGGACUAUUUCUCUGUCUACACUAACUAACACGGCAACACAAAUAGUUUUCUUAGGCCUUUUACUCUUCCUGGAGGGAGAGAGAGAGGUAGUCUAUUAACUAACACAGGAACAUUUAUCUACUAAAGGACUCUGAAUCCACACUUUAUGAUGGCAAAGCAGGGACACUAACUACUGGUAACUCUCCCUUCCGACUAUUGAUCUAGCGCUGCCUCUGACCUGAGGCUCGGACUGUGAAGGAGGGAUCUUUCCUUCCCAUAAUCCUUUGCCUGUUCUGCCUGCACCCCUAAUCGUCUCUGUGCCCUAGAGGCUUCGUCACAAUAAGCAGCCUACUAUGAUGUUGAUGUUGGUCAGCAUCACACUGUUAGCCUGCUCUGGUCUGCUCUGGUCUGCUCUGGUCUGUUCUGCUCUGGUCUGCUCUGGCCU